CGACGCUUCAUUUGGCACAUUUAUAAUAUUGUACAAAGCGUGCCAAUAUAAUGGUCUCUCCCGAUGAAUAUUGUUGUAGGAUAAUCACUAUGCACUGCCACCUACGACAGGUGAUGAUCUUAAUUUGCACCUGUUAAGUCUUACUGGUAGGAGGUGGCAUAUGCUGGUCCUGUAGCUUAUUGUUCACCUUCGGGAUGUAUAUUCUUGUAAUGACGUAAUUGCACAUUCAAUAUUUUACAUACAAUACCAUUUACUCCCAAUACUACUUCUACAUUGAAAGUUUGAACACAUAUACAAUAUACAUACACACCAUGUCAUUUGGCACCCGUGUUAUCACUGCAUAAAAUAGAUAUAUCAGUGGUCAGCUAACUGCAUGUACCGAGUUGACAUCAGAACAAAAAAUAACUUUAACUGAAUGUUAUUUUUUGAAUGAUUCGACUUCGAGAGAGGGGACGUAACUUGCCGAAAUGGAGGCAGUGGCAUUACACGACUUUAACCCUGAAGGGCAAACAGAAGACGAAUUGCCUUUUAGAAAGGCAUCUAUACUAAAGAUCCUUAACAUGACAGAUGACAAGAAUUGGUACAAGGCAGAACAGAAUGGCAAAGAAGGUUUUGUUCCAAAAAAUUACAUUCAGAUGAAGCCGCACACUUGGUACUAUGGCAAGAUUAGACGCCAAGAGGCAGAACAACUGCUACUAGCGGAACCACACGAUGGGGCAUAUCUGAUUAGAGACAGUGAGAGCACUGCCGGUGACUUUAGUCUCAGUCUUAAAUUUAAUAAUCAGUGUCAACAUUUUAAAGUCCUUCGAGAUGGCGCCGGAAAAUACUUUCUCUGGGUGGUGAAAUUUAACUCAUUGAAUCAACUUGUUGAGUAUCAUAGAGCCGCCUCUGUCAGUCGUUCACAGACAAUUUACCUAAAAGACAUGACCAACGCUCAUGAAGUAGGUCGUGCACUGUUUGAUUUUGUUGCCCAAGAAGAAAAUGAACUUGGAUUUAAACGUGGGGAUCUGAUAAAGGUAACAGAUACGACUGAUGAAAAUUGGUGGAACGGUCGAUUGGCAGAUAAGGAAGGAAUGUUCCCAGCAAAUUACAUUCAACUCAUCACGACUAAAUAA